AUGACGUCAUACGUUGCACCCAUUGUUGAAUUGAAUACAUAUCUCAACACAUGUUUUACNGAUGGAUUUGUUUUCAAUAUUUUAUGUGUUGGUGAAACAGCAUGUGGUAAAUCGUCUUUACUCGAUAGUUUAUUCAAUACACGAUUAGAUUCUACACCCUCGACACAUGAUAACACUCGUGUGUGUCUACGCAAAAACACAUAUGAUCUAUUUGAACGUGAGAUUCGUCUGAAAUUGACUGUUGUCGAGACGGCUGGUUUCGGUGAUCAGAUCAACAAAGACGAAUCGUUUAAGAUCAUCGGAGAUUUCAUCGACGAACAGUUUCAGUCGUACCUUGAUGAAGAACUGAAAAUCAAACGAAACCUAGCGAAUUAUCAUGAUACACGAAUUCACGUUUGUUUAUAUUUUAUCAAUCCAACGGGCCAUUCAUUGAAAGCAUUAGAUUUAGUUACAAUGAAAUAUUUGGACAUGAAAGUGAACAUCAUUCCCAUCAUUGCUAAAUCUGAUACAAUAUCGAAAAACGAAUUACAACGUUUCAAACAAAAUAUUCUCAACGAGUUAAAUUCAGCUGGAAUUAAGAUCUAUCGUUUUCCUGUCGAUGAUGAAACAUUAGCAGAAGAGAAUCUCAAAGCGAACAACCUUCUUCCAUUAGCUAUUGUUGGCAGUAACGAAACAGUCAAAGUUGGCAAUCAAUACGUACGAGCACGUCAAUACCCAUGGGGCGUUGUUCAAGUUGAGAAUGAAAAUCAUUGCGAUUUUAAAAAAUUACGCGAUAGCUUGAUUGAAAAGAAUAUGUUGGAUUUAAUCGAGACCACACAUUCGAAACAUUAUGAAAUCUUUCGACGAAACCGCUUAACUGAACUUGGCCUAACAGAUAGCGUUGAUGGAAAGCAAGUGUCGAUUAGCGAUACAUUAGAAAUGAAACGCAAUGAACUUCGAAAAGAACUUGAAAAGCGUGAACAACAAUUAAAAGAGAAAUUUAUCGAAAAAGUCAAAGAAAAGGAAUUGGAUUUAAAAGAAUCGGAAAAACAGAUUAACGAGCAACUAACAGAUAUCAAAAAGCAAUAUAAAGAUCAAAAAGAUAAAUGUGAUGAAAAAUGGCGUUUGCUCGAACAAGAAAUGAAUGUAUUCGAACAGCGCAAACGGGCAAAUAUGGAAACAAUCAAAAAAGACAGAGAUAAGCAUCACUUUACUUGUUACUCCAAUUUAAAUUCAUUCCUCUACUAUUUAAUAAUUAUCAUUUAUCCGUGUAUACCGAAACGAUACUAUCCGAUCCAACGUGAUCAGCAGACUACUUGUACACGAUUUUUUGAAAAAUUUAUUCAUCACUUGCCUUUCUUUUUCACGUUUUCUCUUGACCACUUGAUAUUGACAACUACAAUGGCUGGUGGCAAAGCUGGUAAAGAUCAUGGCAAAGCCAAAGCUAAAGCUGUUUCACGAAGUGCCCGUGCUGGCCUUCAAUUUCCUGUCGGUCGUAUUCAUCGUCAUUUAAAAUCACGUACUACAUCGCAUGGCCGCGUUGGUGCAACUGCUGCAGUUUACACUGCCGCUAUUCUCGAAUAUUUAACUGCUGAAGUUCUCGAACUUGCUGGUAAUGCAUCAAAAGAUCUCAAAGUAAAACGUAUCAAUCCACGUCAUUUACAAUUAGCUAUUCGUGGUGAUGAAGAAUUAGAUACAUUAAUUAAGGCAACAAUUGCUGGUGGUGGUGUCAUACCACAUAUUCACAAGUCUCUUAUUGGUAAGAAAACACCAGUUCAAGGUAGUUUACCACAAGCAACAGCUAAACCAGGCGCUCAAUAA